CUCCCUCCGUGGGCGCCGGCGGCGGCGCCGCGCUCCCUCCAUCCGCGCCCGCGCAGCCCCGCGCAGCCCCCGCAGGAGGAAGAGCCAGCUAAAGUCAGACGGGAGCUGUGUCCGUGUGUCCGUGGUCUUUACAAAGGAGCAAAUGCCAGCAUGACUAGGGUCUGAGGAAGUGCUUCUGUGUUCCUACCAAGGGUUUGCAAGUGCAGAGGAAGCGUGCGAGCACAACAGGAGUAUUUUGAGCUGCCAUGGAUAUGCCCACUGAUUUGGUGCCGUCCUCAAUGAUGUCCCAACCUGAGGUGAUUGAGUCCACAGCCAUGAGCGAACCACAGUGCUACUACAAUGAAACCAUUGCCUUCUUUUAUAACCGAAGUGGAAAAUAUCUAGCCACUGAAUGGAACACUGUCAGCAAGCUUGUAAUGGGACUGGGGAUUACUGUCUGCAUCUUCAUAAUGCUGGCCAACCUCUUGGUUAUGGUGGCUAUUUAUGUCAACCGCCGGUUCCACUUUCCUAUUUAUUACUUAAUGGCCAACUUAGCUGCUGCAGACUUUUUUGCAGGGUUGGCCUACUUUUACUUAAUGUUCAACACAGGACCCAACACUAGAAGAUUGACUGUAAGCACCUGGCUUCUCCGUCAGGGCCUCAUUGACACUAGUCUGACAGCCUCAGUAGCCAAUUUGUUGGCCAUCGCUAUUGAGCGGCACAUCACAGUUUUCCGAAUGCAGCUGCAUACUCGGAUGAGCAACCGGCGAGUGGUGGUUGUCAUUGUUGUUAUCUGGACUAUGGCCAUUGUCAUGGGCGCCAUACCAAGUGUCGGAUGGAACUGCAUUUGUGAUAUCACUCACUGCUCCAACAUGGCACCCCUCUAUAGUGACUCCUAUCUGGUCUUCUGGGCUAUUUUCAACCUGGUCACUUUCGUGGUCAUGGUGGUCCUAUAUGCUCAUAUCUUUGGUUACGUCCGCCAAAGGACUAUGAGAAUGUCCAGACACAGUUCUGGACCCCGCAGGAAUCGGGACACCAUGAUGAGCCUCCUGAAGACUGUGGUCAUUGUGCUUGGUGCUUUCAUAAUCUGCUGGACCCCAGGAUUAGUCUUGCUGCUGCUUGAUGUUUGCUGCCCCCAGUGCAAUGUCCUGGCCUAUGAGAAAUUCUUCCUGCUCCUGGCAGAGUUCAACUCUGCCAUGAACCCCAUCAUCUACUCCUACCGGGACAAGGAGAUGAGUGCAACCUUCAAGCAGAUCCUCUGCUGCCAGCGCAGCGAGAGUGCCAAUGGCCCCACCGAAGGCUCGGACCGGUCGGCCUCUUCCCUCAACCACACCAUCCUGGCUGGCGUCCACAGCAACGAUCACUCGGUGGUGUAAAACCACACCCAGACGCAUGGUCGAUGAGGAGUAGUGGGCAACGCCGCUGAGCGGGGUGGGUGCAUGGCCCUGGGGAAGGUAACCCCACUCACAAGGCUUUUUUUCUCAAACACUAAUGGACUACAAGUGCUUCUUUUCCAGGAGCCCGACACAGCAGCGCGUGUGGCCCACCCCAUCCACAGGACUGGCCGUACUGCAAGGCCUUUGAUUUCUACUUUCAAAAAGUAAGAGGCAGAUGCCUUGCACUGUGGUCACGGAGAGCCCACAAAAAGCCUCCCUGAGACUUUGUCGGACUUCGCUGCAUCUUGGUGCCAGUCUGAAUCAACUCUGAUUAAUUAAGCUUAUACCUGCUUCACUGCAUUUACAUGUAGCCACUUAGUCUUUUUUAAAAAGGGAGUAAAGGGGAUAAAAGUAUGCCUAUCAUUUAAUAGACAUGUAAUAUUUAUCACCAUCAGCAUGCUUGUGAUGAACAUUUUCUGUGCAGGGAGUAAAACUGUGCUCUACUCUUCAUAUCCUUAGCCACACUGUCAUAACUACAGUAAAAACAAAAGUAAUUUUUCUAAUACAGGCAACAGGAAGAUGAUGGAAACUGACUCUUCUUACCUCCGUUACUGGUGUUAGAGAGCAUGCAUGUUCUGUGUGUAUGCAAAUUGUUUUAAUUAUUAAAAAAGAUUAAAAAAUAGCUUCAUUGUAAGGUCUGCUGGAAAGUAGAAAAGCAUAGACUGUAUCUCAGUGUUUGUUUAGAUUAUGAAAUAAACAGUACUCGCUCUAGUCACAA